AUGGUCACAGAUCUUGACUGGGAAACUUCUUUACCCUCUAACAAUGAGUCAAAAAUAAAGUCAAGUGAGCACAAACGUGAAACAAUGUUCUUUGUCCUUGGAGGGUUAGUAGUUGUCACCAUAUUAUUAUUGAUUCUUUGGAUUGUAUUUAGAAAGCAUAUUAAACGACCAACAAAGCCAAUGAGAAACACGGUUCCGCAUGAAGGGUCCAUGGAGUUUUUUAGUAGGAGCCUUCGAUCAAUUAGCUACUUUGACUACCAAACAUUGAGGAAGGCAACUAAUAACUUUGUUCAUGGUAAUCUUCUUGGAAGUGGUGGAUUUGGUCCUGUCUAUCAGGGAAAGUUGGAAGAUGGAAGGAUGAUUGCUGUUAAGGCAUUAUCACUUAACAAAUCCCAACAAGGAGAAAAAGAAUUUUUGGCUGAGGUGAAAUUGAUCACAAGUAUGCAGCACAAAAAUUUGGUUCAACUUCUUGGAAGUUGUAUAGAUGGACCUCAAAGAUUACUUGUUUAUGAAUACAUGAAGAAUCGAAGUUUGGAUCUCUUCAUAUAUGGAAACGAUGUUCGAUUUCUAAAUUGGAGCACUAGGUUCCAAAUUAUACUUGGAGUAGCGCGAGGACUUCAAUACCUUCAUGAAGACUCACACUUAAGAAUUGUUCAUCGAGAUAUCAAAGCAAGCAACAUUCUUCUUGAUGACAAAUUUUUACCAAGGAUUGGAGAUUUUGGACUAGCGAGGUUUUUCCCCGAAGAUCAAGUUUAUCUUAGUACACAAUUUGCAGGAACAUUAGGCUAUACAGCUCCUGAAUAUGCUAUUAGAGGAGAAUUGUCAAUAAAGGCAGAUAUAUAUAGUUUUGGAGUUCUACUUCUUGAAAUUAUUUGUUGCAGGAAAAACACAGAUCAUACUUUACCACCAGAAAUGCAGUAUCUUCCUGAAUACGCAUGGAAAUUGUACGAGAAAUCAAAUUUAUUGGACCUUGUGGAUCCAAAGCUGAGAAAAGAUGGAUUCGUAGAAAAGGAUGUUUUGCAAGCAAUCCAUGUAGCUCUCUUAUGCCUUCAACCUCAUGCACAUUUGAGACCACCCAUGUCAGAAAUUGUAGCAUUGUUAACAUUCAAAAUUGAAAUGGUUACAACACCAAUGAGACCAGCUUUCCUUGAUCGAAGGCCCAAAAAGGAUGAAGAUGAACAUUCUUUUGAAGGACCAUCUUUGCCAAACCAUUGAUUAAAUUUAUU